GCGAAGUCUGGAGCGGGAGAGAGAGUUGGGAGACGAGCGGUGAGUGAGUGGGUUAAGUGCAAAUAACAAACACCUUGUCUCGUUACAGUAAUUGGCGUGAAGAGACCAGUCAGCAGUCACGCCGACCCUGUCCUCUUCGAACUUUGUUACACUGGUGCCGAAACCCGGGAAGGAAGAGGACAGGGUCGGCGUGACUGCUGACGGUGGCACUUUCUCCCGCUGCAGGCUUCGCGGAACCACGCCACCCUCGCCACAGUAAUAUUUCAAGAUGAACAUUUACUGGACUGAAGCAACUUAGUUUUACUCGAUUAUCCAUACAUUAUUAUUAUUUAUUUAUUCUUUUUUGUUGUUGUUGUUGUUGGAAAUCAUGUUCAGAUGUGAGUAUCAAAUAUGAUCAUCAGGUUUAUUUGUUCAUCUCUCAAUCAUCAUUGUAUUGUACUGCAUUAUAUGUUUUAAAACUAUAGAGCUUUGAUCAUAAAACUAAGUAUUUAAAUAUCAUCUCAAAAAGACAUAUUAUUGAGAGAUAUAGAGUGAAGACUGAUAUUUAUAUGCAUUUUAUGUAAGUAGUCUGUUACACUGUUAUAAAGAUCUCAUUGAUUUACAUUACAUACAUCAGAAUUUCAUAUUACUACUUUUUGUCCAUAUCAAUAUCAGCAUCUGCACUAAAUUGCAUAUUUUUGCUCAGUUUGGGCAUCUGAGGUGUUUUUGUUCGUUUGUUUGUUUUUUUUUAUACUGAAGUAUAUGAGUCAUAAAAGUCAUAUAGUAUACAACAAGUAUAUAAGUCAUGCAUCAAAUAUGAUACUCAACAAAAACACAUAUUGCAAACUUUUUUGUGUAUGUAUGUAUAUAUAUAUAUAUAUAUAUUCUGUCUAAAGGUUUAACAAACUGUUCCAUUUAAAAAUUAAUCUGAAAAUAUUCCAGCAUAUUCCAUCUAGCCUUCUCAUUGGUCCUCAUGCUUCACACAUCGUUGGGACGUAUUUUCAUCAUCAGCCACAGAAAACACAGAUCUGUAUCAGAGAACUUUUGCAUGUUUUAUGUAUGUCAUGAUAUUGAUGUCACCCCUAGACCCCCUCCCACAUCCUCACACAUAAACCCACACGCUCAUUGUGCUUUCCAGGUUGAGGGAAACGAUUCAGAUCUAGACAUGACUGACAGAGGAAAGUUUUGAAUCAUGCCGUUUUAAACUUGAGCACAAAUUACUUCCAUGAUCCUGCCGAAGGGAGGAAUCCCCAGAGCGAACCUGUCCUGUCUGGGGGUCACUAGGGCCUUCCCCUGCCGCCGUGACACUAUGGGUAUGUCAGCCACCAACCUCCGCCCCCCACUUCCUGUUCAGCGCAGCCCGCGAUUGGCCGGCGGAGGGGUUCUUUCACAGGCCCAAUGUGAUCUCAUUUCCUGUUCUAUGAUGUUGAGAGUGAUCGCGUCUUUCAAAGUGUGUCGUGACACUGCGGAACUGAAGCCACAAGCUGUGUUGUUUUAGUAUUACUGAGAUACUAUUACGCUGAACACAAACUGCUAUUAGUAAAAUGCACAAAUAAUCACAAAGAAGUAACACAUUGAAUUAAACGUAAAUGAAAUGCAAAACAUACUCCAAUACAUUUUUUUGGUAAUAUUUAUAUUUAUUUUAAUAAUAUUUAUUUUUAUUUUAUAUUGUUAAAUUAUUAUUUUUUAGUGAAAGUUUUGGUAAUUUUUAGUAGUUUUUGUUUUGUUUAUACAGUUUUUAAUAUUUUCAUUUCAGUUUUAGCUUUAAUUAUUUUAAUACAUCAAGUUAGACUAAAUGAAAAUGAGAAAUGAUGACAGGGCAAGUAGCAAGUUUAUUUUAUUUCAAGUAAUGAAAAUGUGUUUUGUUUUUAUUAUUUAUUUUAUUUUAUAUAUUUUUUUUAUAUAGUCAUUUUUAGUAGUUUUUUUUUUUUUUUUUUACAUACGCCUGUAAUUUUUUAUUUAAGUUUUAGCUUAUUUUAGUAAGUCAAGUUAGACUAAAUGAAAAUGAGAAAUGAUGCCGGGGCAAGUAGCAAGUUUUUAGAUUAUAUAUAUAUAUAUAUAUAUAAUUUCUUUUAUUUCAAGCAAUUGUUUUAAUUUUAUCUAACAAUAAUAACCUUGGCCACAAGCAGGUUUGACGUCCAAACACAGGUCAUUUAACACUCUGCAGGUUUUGGGUGCAAAUAUUUCAUUUCCAGGGUCUAUUCUUAUCUCACAAGAUGAAAAGUACAUUAAGCUUCCUGUUUUUGUCUAUAAUCAAUAUGGUUUGUGUGGGAAGCCGCAAAGUAAAAAGCACCUUUGUCAUAUCCACUUGCGCUCGAUGAUGCUGCACCUAUAGUCGCACACACAUGUUUCUGAUGCUGAUUCAGAAUGAGAAGAGGAACUGACAGCAUUUUGUAGUUUCCUGCCAAGUGUGCAGAAAGUCUGGGUCAGGUUCACACACACACAGAAACACACACACUGCAUCCCGUACACCCCCGCGCACGCGCCUCUCGAUUACAUCUUUGUCAACUGACAGUCUGACGAAGGCCAGUGGAAAAGAAAAAGUAAAUUACUCAUUGUAAAAACUUGACUUUCCAAUUCUCCACAGAGAAGCGGUUUUGCUCCGUCCUCAAGGAUACUUAUAUAAAGGUGAUUGUGUACCUGUUGACAGUAUGAAGGACAUCAAUCCAACUAGCUUUAGAGAAGGUACAGAAGAAACUUUACAGCUUAAACAUGAAGGCAUCCGUGUUUGUUCUGUUCGCAGUGGCGUGUUGGUUCGUUUCGCAGGCAGAGCUGUCGCCGAUGCAACUCACGCUCAGAAAAGUUAUGAAUGAACUCGAGAAGGUCAAUAACGUAAUGGACAAAAGCACAAGUUCGUUCAACUCACCCACCACCAACGAUUUGAAGGACUGCUGCAUCAGAUCUGCUCUGGAGUGCUUUAGGUCCCAAGUGAUGAACCUGAAUGUCACUCAAGAGAAACCUAUAAUAAAGUCACUGAAGAGCAUCUCCAACGAGUCCCGAAAAAAAGUCAUUGUGGAAAAGUUGCCCAGUUGCAACCUGGUAGAAGGUGAGAAAAAGGAAGCUCAGUGCAAACCCUGUGAAUCGUACAGCAAGGUUAACAGCCAAAUGUUCGUGCAGAACUUUCAAACUCUUCUUCAAAAGAUCUAUGCCAGUCAAGCAUAGAGACGAGAAGAGUGAAGAGACUAUAUGACACUACCCACCUACCCGCGGCAGAGAAGAGUCUGCUCCUGCUAUUCUAUUUAUUGAUUAUUUAUUGAACAUUUUCUUGUUUAUUUUAACUGGGAGAUCUGUUAAAGGAUUGCUCGUGUCAUUGAUGUGUUUUUUAGGAACAGGGCGGCAAAUGUUUUUAACUUUCACUGUUUUCGGAUGUAAAAUGUAUCAUCUUUGUUUUACCGUCACCUUGUGGCGAGAUCUCAGCACUGCUGCCUUCAUGACAGCCCUGUUCCUUGAAAGAACCCAAAGGGUGGUUUCCCUGAUGAAGAUUGAGCCUUAUGCAACAAUACAAGGGCUUUUGAGUAGAUCUUCAUCAAGUACUCUAAGAAUUUUAUUCUUAGUCUUUGUCAGGAAAACCACUCCUAUAGAUAAUAUGUUACCAACAUAUCUUUAAAAAGCAGAUACACAUUUAUUAUUAUAUGUCUCACAAUGAGAUGCAUGUAUUUUGGAUGAUAUUUAUUUGACAUUAAAAUAUUUCU